UGAAUACAGUGUUUGUCAGUUUCAAGCAAGUAACAACCAGCUCCAGUCCUUCAUCACUUUCACACACGCAAGCCUCCCUAUCUAUCAAUAAUCAAAAAAGCAACAUCCAAACCAAUCUCAAUGAUUUCUUCCUUUAUCAGGAGAGGAAUAAUCUUGCCCCAAAUAUAAGGGAAACCAUCGCAAGGAAAUUCAACCUCGAGAAGAUAUACAAUGCACCAUCUUAUCCAUCUCCCAAUACACCAGUCCAGGAUGACGACCUUGAAAACUCAACUCUCUACUCUCCUCCAGUUCCCAACAAAAAAACUACAAGCUCUCAAAUCCCAAAAAAAAUUCCAAGCAGCUCACCCUUACCUAUUGAUCAACAAAUCACAAACAUUUCCAAUUUAGCACCUAUCAGUAACGUAAUUCCUGCAUCUCAUGCAAUCUCUGCAGCUCCAGAAAGCACAAAUACAGUCAGUGCAUCAAGUAAUGUGGCACCAAUCCCAAAUGACCUUCAAAGCACAGUUGCCAUGAGUAACAAUUAUGACAAAUCCGGUAGUACAAUUAGACCAACCAGCCCCUGUUCUGACAAUGACAUAUCAAUGGUAUCAUUGGACCAACCAAUUUCUAUAGGAAAUUCAAGCUCCCUAGCAGAAUUUAAUCGUCAGGUGCAGGAAAAGCUAGUCAACAUACAAGAAAACAUACCUCUUAUUGAAGCGACCCAGCAAAUACAAACCCUGAUCAAACAAGCAGAGAUAAACUUCCAAAUGAGACAGACUG